AUGGCUUCCAAACCCACAAGCCAAUCUUCCUCCGCCGCAUCAACCAUCUUCAAACCCGGAAUUUUAGCUGAAAUCAGCAUCGACAAAGAUGGAUUCCGUGGUUCAUGGUUUACUGGAAAGCUUGUCAGUUGUCUCCCAAGUGACAAGUUUGUUGUGGAGUAUGAAAAAAUAAUGGCAGAUGAGGAGGGAACAAAGGGCCUCCAAGAAACUGUUAAGCGUUCCCAGUUCCGUUUAAUCCCUCCGAAGGAGAUCAUCCAGGACUUCCAAGUUGGGGAUGAAGUUGACGCUUAUGAGAACAAGGGAUGGUGGGAAGGUCGCAUCUCCGACUCAUUUGGGAACGGUAUGUGGGCAGUGUAUUUCAAAGACUGGUCGGAGCAGCUAGCGUACUCGAAGAAGAACUGA